AUGGAGGACGAACUGCUGACAUCAGGAAGUAAAAAAAGUAUGGUGUCUCAGCUAUGGACAAGGUUAUCUCAGGUUUAUCAGAGCAUGCUGGAUAGAUGGACGCCCCACAAUAGAGCGAGGUGGGCAGGCACACUAGUGCUGCUCGUCCUCUUUGGCCUGCGCAUCGUUACUAAGCAGGGUUGGUAUAUAGUCACUUAUGCCUUAGGCAUUUACCAUUUAAACCUGUUUAUAGCAUUUCUCACACCCAAAAUAGAUCCUGCUAUGGAUUUUGAUGCUGAAGAUAAUGGGCCAGAAUUGCCAACCAGGGCGAAUGAGGAGUUUAGGCCUUUUAUAAGAAGGCUGCCUGAAUUCAAGUUCUGGUAUUCCGUCACAAAAAGUACAGUCAUUGGUUUAAUUUGUACAUUCUUUGAGUGCUUCAACAUACCGGUAUUCUGGCCGAUCUUGGUUAUGUAUUUUAUUACGUUAUUCUGCAUAACAAUGAAGAGACAGAUCAGACAUAUGAUAAAGUACAGGUACUUACCUUUCACUCAUGGUAAACCAAAGUACCAGGGCCAUGAAGAAACUACAGGGAAAGUUAUAAUUUCUCCAAAGUGACCGAAGUUUAUAGUUUAAAUGCUGAUUUAACCAAAAACACUAAAAUUUCAACACAAAUGAGUAAUUAUGUAGGAUAUUUAAAAAUAUCCUGAUUAAUCAUUUGCUGCAAUUAUUUUUUUAUAUUUUCCAGUGUAUUUAUGUAUGAUUAUGGAAAUUUUGUUAGUAAAUUUUAUCUAUUUUAUAUGCAAGAUAUAUUUCACUUCUAGAAAGAUAUUCAUCUGUAUUGUUUGUAUGUAUAAAGAAUAAUUUAUAGGUAAACUGCAUAGUUGCUAUAUACUAAAAUAACUGUUUGAAGUAAAACAAAUUCUUUAUUGUAAAUAGUUUUCCUUAUACAACUUCAAUUUUUGUAAGAUGUGAGAAAGUUCUGACUGUUAUGUGAAUGGUUUAUUAAGAUAAAUUGGAUUUUUGUUUUAAAUAAUAAAAUAUUUAAAAGUAUGA